AUGGCGGAAUCCAGCUCAUCGGGAUCAUCUGGGGCGGAGAGUAUCGCCAUAGCGGCGAGGAGGGCGUUUGAAGAAUCUCAAUUGGUCGAUCCAGCAGAGCGAAAUGUAGCUCUGCGGGCAAUCCACAAGAUCCUGAAUGAACGGAGAGAGGAAGUGCUAGAAGCGAACCAGAAGGACAUGGAGGCUGCCUCGGCUCUCGUUGAUCAGGGCAAACUAUCAUCGACCCUCGUCUCUCGUCUCGACCUGUCUAGAGCGGGUAAAUACGAAUCAAUGCUUCAGGGCGUCAUGGACGUAGCUGCUUUACCUGCUCCAACGGGUCUCGUGACGUUUGCGAAAGAACUCGGACCAGGAUUGGAGCUCCACCGAGUCACCUGUCCAAUUGGAGUCUUACUGGUCAUCUUCGAAGCUAGACCAGAGGUCGUUGUGAAUAUUGCCGCCUUGGCGAUCAAGUCGGGCAAUGCAGCCAUCUUGAAAGGUGGCAAGGAAUCCAUUCACACCUCUACGCUCCUAUCAAAUCUCAUCGCUCAAGCCUUGUCUUCCACCUCCAUUCCUCCCACCUUUAUUCAAUCUGUCUCUACCCGAUCUCAAAUCUCAUCUUUGCUCGCCCAAGACAAGUAUAUAGACCUUGUCAUGCCUCGUGGAGGGAACGAGCUCGUCAAGAGCAUACAGAAUUCGACUCGCAUACCAGUCAUGGGUCAUGCAGAUGGAAUUUGCGCCGUCUACCUUGACGAAAGUGCGGAUGAGCAGACAGCCAUAAGAGUGACCGUAGAGUCAAAGAUCGACUAUAUGGCAGCUUGUAAUUCAGCAGAGACCUUACUGGUCCAUGAAUCCAUCUUAAGUUCUGUUUGGCCAAAAGUCGCCGUCGCAUUAAUGGAGAAGAACGUGGCUCUUCGAUGCGAUCCCUCCUCUCUUGACGCUUUACAGCACAUUCAGCUGGCUGCCGUCAAUUGUACUGCAUCCACGCCGUCUGACUAUACCACCGAGUUUCUUGGACCAACUCUGGCUGUCAAGACGGUCCCUUCAACAGCCGCCGCGAUCCAACACAUCAAUGCUCAUUCCUCUCAUCAUACCGAUUCUAUAGUCACCCAGUCAGAGGCCUCCAUGUCAACCUGGUGCAGAGGCUUGGAUUCUGCCAAUUGUUUCAUCAAUGCCAGCACCAGGUUCGCCGAUGGGACGAGAUACGGUCUAGGCACAGAAGUCGGUAUCAGCACGGGUAAAACACAUGCGCGUGGCCCUGUCGGUUUGGACGGAUUGGUGAUUUACAAGUACAUGAUGAGGAGUACGGUCGCCGGUGGAAGCUUGAUAUCAGAUCACGAAAAGGGCGGCAGGGGGUAUACACAUACAGAUAUCUCUAGGGAAAAGCCAAUGUUUUAG